AUGGCGCGCGACGAGUUCAACAUCGACGAGGCCGAGGACUUCGACGACGGCACGCGCGCCGUGCUGCACACGGAGGGUUCGGACUCGGAUGGCGGCAACGAGGCGCAGGACGCGACGCGGCUGCGCUCGUCGCGCAAGCAGCGGCUGCAGGCGGAGCGCCAGGGCGGCAAGCAGCGCGAGCAGGCGUCGGCUCUGCGCGUCAAGAACUGGGACGCCGGGCUCAUGGAGAGCGCCGAGUACGCGGGCAAAGUGGUGACGCGCAAGGACCUGCAGGAGGACGAGGCCAUGGACUCGCCCGACGAGGACGCGAUGGCCGACUGGUCGGACGCGGAGCCCUUCGGAGCCUCGGACGAGGAGGACAAGGCUGAGGAGGAGGAGGAGAGUGAGGAGGAGGACAGCGACGAUGAGGACAAGAGCGCCGAGAUGCUGAUCCGCGGCUUCCAGAAGGAGGACUCGGCGCGGCUCAUGGGCGCGCAGGACAGCAAGAAGGUCGUGGAGAAGGCCAAGCACGUGCGUCACCAGAAGCUGCUCUGGGAGCGCUGUCUCGAGGUGCAGAUCUACACGAAGAGGCUGCUGACGUCGGCCAAGGAUGCUGCGGCGCACGAGACGGACGGAGAGACGACAGACGAGGAGGCUGCGACCAAGACCAAACAGCAGGUGGUCCAGGAGCUCUACAAGAGCAUUGAAGCCGUGUCGGCGCUGCAGGAGAAGCUCUGUAACGUCCCGGAGCUAACGGCUCCGUCCGCGGACUCCCCCACGAAGAAGCGCAAGCGCGCGUGCGACGAGCUGUGGCAGAAGAUCACGGCCAGCAGCCGCACGAUGCUGCCGCAGUACAACGACAUUCUCAACACAUACACGCGCAAGACCGACCUGGCGGCGGGUGGCAAGAACAGCCAGGCGAAGAAGUUCAAGGCGGUGAACCAGGAUAUCCUGGCUCAGGUCGAGUCCGUGCUGGUGGACCCGCAGCGAGUCAAGAGGAAAGCACACGCGCCGCUGGAUGUACCCGAGUCCGAAGCCACUGAAGGUUCCGAAGACUUGCUGGACGAGCUCAUGUACGACGACUCGGACUUCUACCAGCAGCUGCUGAAGGAGUUUAUCGAGAGCGGCGGAGGUGGCGCUGGCCAGGACGCCAUGGUGAGGCGCACGCACCGCAAGAAGAAGAAAAUCGUCAACCGCAAGGCCAGCAAGGGCCGUCAGCUGCGCUACACGGUGCACCCCAAGCUGGAGAACUUCAUGUUCCCGGAGCCGUACCCCAAGCCGGAGAUGGACGUGGACGAGCUGUUUCGCUCGCUCUUCGGACAGGUUCGGCAGUAA